AUGUCUGUUUUAGUGAAUGGUAGCGCUACCAAAGAAUUUAAAGUUCUAAGAGGUUUACAUCAAGGUGAUCCGAUUUUUCCUUUUCUCUUUGUCAUUGCUAUGGAAGGUCUUAGUGCUCUCAUGAAGAAAUUGGUGGAGGUGGGGGACUUUAAACCAUUCAAAUAUGGAGAAGAAGAUUAUGUGGAUAUUCUUCAACUUGCGGAUGACACCGUAACUAUUGGAGAACCUACAUGUGAUAAUCUUUGGAACAUGAAAGUGUUGUUGAGAGGCUUUGAACUUGUUUCUAGUUUGAAAAUCAAUAUUCACAAAAACAACUUUUUCGGUAUUCAUAUUGGAGAGUGGCUUUCCAUCUCGGAAACUUCUUUCCUAUCUUGCAAAAAAGGGUCUUUCCCAUUUAAAUUUCUUGGUGUUUGGGUUGGAGAAGGUGCUAACAAGAGGAGAGUGUGGAAGGAUGUGGUUACUAACAUCAAAUCAAGAUUUUCGACGUGGAAGGGGAGAAAUAUUUCCAUAGGCGGAAGGGUAACUCUUAUUGGUUUGGUGCUUAGUGCUAUUCCAAUCUUCACUCUUUCUUUCUUUAAAGCUCCGAGCAAAGUUAUCCAAGAGAUUAGAGGCCUUCUUAGUAAUUUCUUGUGGAAUGGGAAUGCGAACAAAAGAAGUAUUCAUUGGGUGAAGUAG